CACAAAAUCACAGUUAGGGAAACUGAUAACGUAUUCUGAUCUACCUCAAUUACCAUCAACUUCAAUAAUAUAUCAAGGCGGAGGAAUUGAGAAAGAAGAAUUGCGGCAGAAAUCCAAAGAUAUUGUUGUUACAGGAGUUUGCGGUCUGUGA